UUACUCUGUCUUUCCUCGUAGGGACCCUCGGCGCCGGAAGCUGUGUCUGGCCUGCCUGCAGGGAGGCCGUCCUGGGGAUGUCCUAGCCUGGAUGGUUGGGGGCACUGCUUCAGGGCUGUAUGGUCAUGGUGUGGGCCCCUGUCUGUCUGGUCUCUGUGGAGGUGUCCUCUGUAACCUCUGGGCUGUGACACCUCUCGCUGUGUGAUAGCGCCUUAAGAAUGGUGUUUCCUCACUUGUCCCUCAGUGCUCAGCUAUAUUUUAUUCUAUCUUAGGAGAGGGAGAGGGUGGGGCUAUAUAAAUCAAGUUUGAUUGACUGACUGGUUGAUUGACCUGAAAAAUGCUAAAACUAAAAGACUUGUUAACUGCCAGGUAGUGACAGAAAAAUAGAAUGUAAUUCAAUUGAAAUCAAUUAAUCUGCUAUUUAAAAAGCAGCAGGAUGUGGCAGACAGUCACAGAUAACUACAUCUGUCUAAAGCAAACAUCAAAUAUGGGGGCAUGAAACUGUUAGUGACAAUAGUGACCCCAAUCAAAGGUGGUUAGCUCGUAUAAUGAUUGAAUAUAAGAGGUAUCAUUGGCAGGCUGUAGAAUUCUGCAUUCAGGUAGGAGUGGAUAACCACAAGAAGACUGGACAAGCUGACGAAAGCAGUAGCUCAGAUGAGUAGUGUGGAGAACAAGUGCUACUUAUAGCGAAGGCAUUGGAUAAGAAAUUAGAGGACAGGGGCUUAGUUCUCGAGAAAACAAAUUAGAGGAACAUUGCCAGAGAGAAGAAAUAGAGGGUGGGUGUAGUGGGUGCUCAGUUCAUCUUCCCCCACCAGCCUAGGCCUACAGCAGCUUAACUAAGUGAUGGUUCAGAAUUCACUGUGUCUGCACUCUGAGAUCAAAGUGAUAUAUGAGGUCUUAAGAUACAGCUAGGCUUUUAAGGGUCUUGUAUAUAGGGGAGGGGAUUUUAAAUUGUUUUCUGUAUUUUACAAGGCGCCAAUGAAGAGAGGCUAAAACUGGAGUAAUAUGAUCUCUCUUGCUAAUUCCUGUCAAUACUCUUUCUUCAACAUUUUAAAUCAAUUGAAGGCUUUUUUUAAGAGCUAUUAACUAUGCAGUAAUGAAUUAUAGUUAACCAGCCUGGAAGACAUAAAUGCACAAACUAGUUUUUCAGUGUCACUUUGACACAAGACGGCCCUAAUUUUGACACAUAUUACCCAGGUGAAAGAAGGCAGUCCUGGUUACUUUCUGUAUUUGCAAAUUAAAUAAUAAUUUAGUGACAAUUAUUUCUGUCUGUCCCACUAAGCAACACCUUUUACAUUAUAAAAUCUGACAUGAUUUGAUUUGUGAAAAAGGUGUUUUCUUUAGUAUAGUUUGGAACGGAGAGGCAAUAUCUGGUAUUUGAAUCUUGAUGAAUGUUAACAAAGUACUGUAUAUGGCCACUGUUUACCAGUCCUAGAAGCAUGAAUGUUAUGAUGAGCUACUAUGAAGAAAUAAGUGUGACAGCUGCGGGGGAAUCCUACUACAUCAGGUCACAUGGUACAUAGAGACACACUGUGUCCCUCUAAUCCCUUCACCCCUCCCCUACACUCUGUCUCUCACUAAUGCUGUGUACAGUGAACAAGGACAUAAAAGUGGGAGGGCUUGGGGGAGGGCAUCUGGGAGAAAGAAAGAGCAAAGAGAGCGAAAGAAGGAGGGAAAGGGACAGCAACUUGACUUGAGCCCAGGAGUGUGCAUAACAGAGAUAAAGGGAUAGCAGCUCCUCUUACUUAUUCUCUUUUAUUUUAUUUUAUUUUAUUUAUGUUUUUAACAAAGAUUUUACAUAGGUUGUGGUCAGAAAGAGGAUGACAAGAGGGGUGUUGAGGACAAAUGAAUGGGAGUGCUGUGUUUCUAAGCGGGAGCAUUUCAGAGGAUAACGGACAAAUAGGAGGAAGAGGACGGAAUGUGUGUGACACUGUGACACAGGUUUGCAUCACGACACACGUGAUAUCUCACAAAUGCAAGGCCUCUCCUGAGAUUUCACAAGUCAUGCUGAGGACCAGGAGCCUGCCAGAGCCCCUCUGAACACCAUGGCUCAGUUUUCGGCAGAUGGCCAUGAUGUGGCCAAACUGAACCAGCAGGUGGAGAACAUGAGAUUGGGGGACUGUCAACUUCAUCUCGUCUUUGCAGUGCUAAUUUCAAAGAGGAUGCCUUCACCAGGUCAACUGAAAGGCUAAAGCACUGAGAGAUGACAUGGUGUCAUCCAGUGAGAACAGGCAUCAACCACUGCCGUCAGGUGGAGUGGAAGGUGUGUCAUGGUGGGGCCAACGCAACAUUUUCCUCCCGAAGAACUCACAGGGAUUUGGCUUCACUCUGCGGCACUUCCUCAUCUACCCACCAGCGUCCUCCCUCCACAGUGUCAAGGAAGAGGAGAAUGGCAAUGCAACUGGAAAAGCUGGAUGUAAGCAUUCUUCCUUGGACCCAGUAGACACCAUCUUCGUGAAGGGUGUCAAAGAAAAUGGCCCCGCCGAGCAAGCUGGACUGCGUACAGGGGACAGACUGGUGAAGGUGAAUGGGGAGAGCAUUUUGGGGAAAACCUACUCUCAAGUGAUCACACUCAUCCAAAACAGUGAUAACAUCCUGGAGCUCUCUGUUGUGCCAAAAGAUGAGGAUGUGCUGCAGCUGGUAAGUCAGGUGUAUUGCCAAGAUGCCUACCUGAAUGGCAAUGAGCCAUGCACAGGUGCGGCACAUAAUCUGCCUGAGCCACCACCUCUCUGUUACCCUUCCACCAAGCGCAGUUCCCAUGCCCUACGGUCCAACCAAAACUCCCAAAGCCCCUUGAACAAUUGGCGCUGCAGACUCGGCACCACUACCUCACCACUGGACAAUUUCUCCUCUGCUACUUCUAUCCCUGCGUUCAGCUGGCCAGGGGAUCUUGAUAAUUCAAGUGGCCAUUUUGCCACAUCAGAAAGGAAUCGUGGCCCCUCCUCAAUGGCCACCAGUGCACUGGACUUUCACUUCGCUAACCACAAUACUGCCAUUGCCUCUGCAACUCUGCCUCCAUCACGAAAGAGCAGCCUGCUGGCUUCAGCCCGCAUUCACACAGAUGGACCUUGCCACCAUCCUCUGCCAAACUGGUACUAUAACCAGGCUGAGGCUGCAGAGCACAUGUCCCCACGGAACCGCAGAAUAUCUCAGGAUUGCUUAACAAAGCUGGGGCUGGGGUUGGAACUCGGCCCUAGAUCUGCAGCUUCAUUCAUGAUUUCUGCAGAGCAACACAGAAGAGAAGCCCUCCUGUCCCACCACCAGGCAGCUGCUGCUUCUUACAAUUCCUUUUGGUUUGGGGACUGUGGUGAUCGAUCAGAGACAGGACACAGGCCUUGUGUAGAGAGCCUGGAGGCAGCAUAUGCUGAGUAUGAGGAGAACUAUGGGCGUUCUGUGAAAACACUGGCACAAGCCUCUGCUCUGGUAUCACCAUGCAAUGAACACACUUUGCGAGGUUCCCAAAUGACAGAAUUCAGUGAGCAGAAAGUACAGAAACCCUCAGGAGGACAACAUCACCAAGCCACAAUAGGAUCCACAUUCAUAACCUCCACAGUCCCUCUGGGUGAGAGGAAGUCAAGUCAACAGAUAGCUGAGCCCCAGACAAGGCGAGUAAAAGAGGAAGAUCUGAAAGGGUACAGAGUCUCUAGCCCAUCUGUCUGCUGCAGAGCUGGUCACCUUGUCCAGCAGACCCACUCUGGUAGAGAGUCUGUUCAUGGUGAACACCUAAGCUGGAGCCCUGGUUACAGAAACAGUCCUGUUGAAACUGACGGAGGGAUGUUGCACCAGGCCCGGUCCUCCCCUGGACUGUCUGCAGAGGAGAGGGUCUGGUUCAGUGAAGGCAGAGAGGUCAUCUCCCCUCUAACCCUUAAUGAAGAGGUUGUUCUGACACAGAAGCCUCCUCUAGACUGUCAAAACCCAGUUCAGAGUCGGCGGCAUCCACACUACACCACACCUGUGGAAUUACCACAGCCGCCUGGUUUUCCAGGGACGCCCUCUCGUGUCAUGGAAGGGAACGGCCCCAAACUCAGGGUUAAUGACAGUUUGGCGCAGCAAGCAUUUGACUCCCUGUCUUCUAUUCCAUUCAUAGGCAGUGUUAAAGAUCGCCGUUCCUCAUAUCUGCUGGCCGUCACCACUGAGAGAUCCAAGUCCUGUGAUGAGGGGCUCAACCACUUCAAAGAAGAAGGCCAUGUCUUCUCUAAACUACCAAAAAGGGUCAAGAGUUUUUUCACUGAUGGGUCUCUGGAGAGCCUUCAAGCCCAGGACGACACACGGUCUAAGUGCCAUUCCAUAUCCGAUCUGGGAACCAUUACAUUCAGGGAUGUUCGCAAGGAGGGCUGGCUGCACUACAAACAGAUCCUCACAGAGAAGGGAAAGAAAGUUGGCGGCAGCAUGUAUCCAUGGAAACGGGCUUUCGCUGUACUCUGUUCCCAUUUGCUCUUCCUCUACAAAGACAAGCGCAUGGCCAUGCUUCACGCGGCAGGGGCAGGAUGCAGCCCCGACGAGCAUCCCCCACUCAGCAUCCGCGGCUGCUUGAUUGACAUUGCUUACAGUGAAUCCAAGCGUAAGCACACCCUGAGGCUGACCACGCAGAACUUCUGUGAAUACUUGCUGCAGGCUGCGGACAGGGAUGACAUGCUGGCCUGGAUUAAGGUCAUCAGGGAGAGCAGCAACACAGGCAACGAGGAAAUUGGUCUCUCGAGACAAGCUCUCAUCAAUAAGAAGCUGAAUGACUACAGAAAACACAGUCUGACAGGUAACAAGCUGGAGUCCUCUUCGAGAGCUAACCGCAUGAUAUCUCCCUUCCUCCUGGCUAAGACUGACAACACAUCAGUAAACCGAGCCUCCAGAUCAGAUGACAGCAAGGCCCUGUGGAGCAUCAACUUCAUUAAAAAGGCAAAGAAGACAGACAGUCCAAAGGCUUUUGGUGUUCGACUGGAAGACUGUCAACCUGGUGUCAAUCAUAAAUUUGUCCCUCUGAUAGUGGAGUUGUGUUGUGAUGUUGUGGAAGCAACAGGUCUAGAGCACACUGGUAUCUACCGUGUACCAGGGAACAACGCCAUGGUGUCCCACCUGCAGGAGCAUCUCAACAAAGGCAUGGACAUCAACACUGCUGAGGAGAGAUGGCAGGACCUGAAUGUAAUCAGCAGCCUGCUUAAAUCUUUCUUUCGAAAAUUACCUGAGCCUCUCUUUACUGACGACAAAUACAUUGAUUUCAUUUUUGCCAACCGGAUAGAAGAUCCAGAAGACAGACUGAAAGCCAUGAAGAAACUGAUCCAAGACUUGCCAGAUUACUACUAUCACACUCUUAGAUUCCUGGUGGGCCACCUUAAGAAGGUGGCAGACCACUCUGAGAGGAAUAAGAUGGAAGCAAGAAACCUAGCUCUGGUGUUUGGUCCCACUCUGGUGAGAACGUCAGAGGACAAUAUGACAGACAUGGUCACUCACAUGCCUGACCGCUACAAAAUAGUGGAGACACUUAUCCUUCACUAUGACUGGUUCUUCAGCAACACGGAGCUUGAUGAAGAAGAAAAGGCCCCAGAAGAUAAGCCGGAUAGGCAACCCAUGCCGAAUAUUGACCAUCUGCUGUCAAACAUCGGCAGGCCAGGAAUGCCAGGAAUGCCAGGAGCGGCGGCAGCUGAGACAGUGGAUCAGGUUUUUCGAUUCCACCACCAUCGAUUUUCUUAAGUCUAAGUCUUUUCAGAUUACUCCUACCCAACUCAGUUAAUUCUGCUGCAACCCACGAACAAAAACUGUACCUCUACACCAAGCUGGACAGGAAUGCUGAUGGGAACUGUGAGCACGAAUCAAUCAAAGUCAGCAACAAAAAAGGGGAGGGAAGAAGAGGAUAGAAGACAGGCAAGGGAAGAUGGGGUGGAAGCCAGAGACAAGUGAAAAUAGCCACUGGUGAGAGCAGAAGAGAAUAAAAAUGGUGUCACCAAAGGGGAGAGCCAGCAGAGAAUUACCUAAUAAGCAGCACAUCCUUCCCCGAAUCAUCACCUGUGACAAAUCCUUCCCAUUUUCAAACCAUCUGCCCAGAGGUUACAGAGCGAUACACAUCUAGAUUUCCCUCAGCAGUCCUAAAGUGCUACCAGUACCAGGCAUCCAGCUUUCAUGGGACCGAGCAGCUUUACUGGAUCCAGUCAGCAUCAGUCUGCUACAGAAAGACCUGAAGUGGGAGAACAGUCCCAAAGAGAGCACAAACUCAGCAUGAUCAUAGGUUUUAAGCAAUUCCCUUCCCUUGUCUUGCACACGUAUGUCUUCGUCUCUUCCUUGUCCAAGGAAUGAAUAUGUCAAAGUUCUAAAGAUCUUGCUCUGUCAUCCUACAAAGACUGAGCAUACACCCACACCCACUAAUGCAGUACCACCAGAACUUCUCCUACAUAUUCCUGCUAAAGCCUAGUUUGUUUGCAUCACAUUUUUAAGACUUCUUCGAGUUUCACUUAUGACCAGAUUUAAUCCUCAGUAGAAAAGACCAGAAAACAUCCAUAGUGAAAUAUCAUUUGUUGUCAAAUAUCAAAUGUGCACACUUAACCUACCAGCCAGAGAAUAUCACAGCUCACUAUUUUUGAUGACACUUGCUUCAGUUUACCUCUCAGUGCCCUAUGCAGUCUAUGUUUCUGAGGAACAUGUCCGAUUUACAUAGGCCCCAUUCAGACAUCUAUCUUAUAGAGAUGGAAUACAUAAUAUAGUGUAUAUGAUACAGAAAAACACAAUAUUUACAUUUUUUGGUCCAUGUAAGUUGAAUUCAUUUGAUAUCCCAUUGAGAAUCCAAAUACAAAAGGCAGCUAUGUGUAGACAUAGAGCUUGUGAAUGGAAUGACUGACAUUGUGGAUCAGCAGGACUCAAGAGUGAAGCAACUGAAAGUGAGGGGGAAUAAAUCCUUACAUGCUAAACCAUUUCCUUAUAGUAAUGAUGUUUUGAUCCCAAGUUUUAGCUUUGUAAAAACAAACUGUAUCUGCACCAAAUGCACUGCCAGUGAAUAUGUUUGAACCAGACUUCGUGUUUGUCUUAAUCCUAGCUAGACAGUCUGUCCUUUUGUGCACGUACUAUGUAUGUGGGUUAGUAUGUGUGCACCACUUUCGUAACAGUUGUUAAGUGAACCUAUGCAUAUGAUGAUUAUACAUUAAAUUAUUUGUUUUGGAAA